AUGUCUCGUCCACGGAGAGCAGCCGCAAUAGCUUCAUCUUCACGAUCGGUCCCGAAAGAUGACCAACGUCUAGAUCAAGAUCCUGAAUACCUAGCGUUGAGCACGAAACAGAAGAAGAACAUCGAUAGAGCAUUCCAGAGAGGGAUACGGACGUUGCAAGGUGAAUCGAGAAAAAGAAGAAAGGUAGAUCGGAAAGUUGAAGAAGCUGAUCAAGGUGGAAAUGGUGGAUUGGUAGACGAAGAACCAGGUGGAAGUACGGAUGAAGAUGCCGGAGGUGGAUUUAUGAUAAAUGAUAAUGAAGAAGGGGAUGGAGGGUUUAUGGUAGAAGAUGAUGAUGAUGAUGCCGAUGGUGGAUUUUUACCCGACACAGAAGAGCCUUCUUCCAAUCAAGUUCCGAAUCGAUCUUCUCCACCCACACCAUCAGCAAAGAAACGAAUACCUUUACAUCUCCUGCCGUCUUUACUGACUUCCCUGGGCCUACCAUCUGACGAAGAUGUUCUGGCAGUUUUCAAAGCGUCUGCAUCUGGAUGGAAAAAUGAUAAUGACGACGUCGUCGCAUCACGAAGAAAAAGAGGUGACGAAGUAGAAGGAGGGGUAGAGUUGAAAGAUUUCAGAGCCGUUUGCGCAGCUAUUAUGGGUCCAGAAGAAGAGGGAUCAAAUCCAGAUCUGGACGAAGACGAAGAUGAUGAGGACACGUUUGAAUUACCAGAAGAUGAAUCUGAUUUAUCUUCUUUAUCAGAUUCAGAAUAUGGUGAAAUUUCAUCAAACAAACGAUCAAAAGGAAGAUCUUCGAACAAAGUCUUAUCGAAUGACUUUGCGGAUGAUGGAGGUGAAUUUACACCUAAAAAGAGAGGAAAGAAGAGUAUAAAAUUAGAUGAACUGGGAAAAGCGAAAUUAUCGUCUAGACAAAAAGAAUUAGCUAAAGAUAUAUGGGAAAUGUUGAAACCUGCUUCUCAAUCUUCUUCAACCGAACCAAAUCGAACCAAAGGCUACAGAUCCGAUGUGUUAGGUAGAGAUGAAUUGAAGAAGUCAGUCAGGCAACUGGGCGAGAUGUGGACCGAUGAUGAGAUUACCGACAUGAUCACUCUAUUCUCAUCUCAACAUGAAGGAAGAGGUCUGACAUUCGAUGAUUUUGGUGGUGUCAUGCUUAGGGCAGGACUGGUAUAA